AUGCAGUGCAAGAGCACCCAGACGUCAUGGCAGAGUCUCACACUUCCAGGCCUGUCCAUCCUCCGUGUCUUUGGCCUGAGUGCCCAGGACCUGUGGUUCAAGUACGAGGCCUUCCUCCUUUCCCGCCCCGCAGGGCUGCGCGCCAAGCUGUCCAAGUUCAACAUUGACGUUGCGCGCGAGCUGCGCAAGGAGAUCCAGCGCGAGAGCCAGGCCAAGGCUGCUGCGGCGCAGGCCACGCCCAUCGCCGAGAAGUCGGCCGGUGUGAGGCGCAAGGCGGCGAGCGGGAUGGACGGGUUGCCCUUUGAUCUCCACUCGACGCCCGUGAGGCCAAAGACAUCUGCCACCUCGCGCCUUUCCAACGUCGGCACCAACGCCAACCUCCCCUCGCCUGGUGGGUUCGCGACGCCGUCGCGCUCGCUCCUCAUCCCCAACCCCACUACGAGCAGCUACCGCGCCGGUGCUGGCCCGAGCCGCCUCACCGCGCCGGCCGUCACGCCAGUCGGCAAGUCGGGCAGCGCUCCUUCCUCGCCCGUCAGCGGCGGCGAAGGACCUAGUCUCCUGACCGCCCAGCCUCCCCAGCCGUUCGCGCACCGCGCCAACCCCCACUCGCUCGUCGAAACCCUCAACGGCCAGCUGUCGGCCAGCACUGGGGUUCCAGAGCACACCACCCGCGCCCGCGUCAAGCUCUCUGCCACCGAGGACCCAAAAGACUGGGACUACCGCUACAUGUUUGAAAAGAUUAGCGCGCGGUCCGAGGCGCUCGACGAGCAGAUUGACCAGUAUGCCGAGAACAUGAUCCAGGACUACGGCCUCACCGACUUUGGCGACCCGAGCCUGGUGUCCGACGACGUCAUCUACACUGUUGGCCGUAUCCUGUCCCCGCCGACAGACAAUAACAAGGCGACGGCCGCGAGCUUGUACCUCCAGCCCAGCCGCAUGAUUGGUGGCGGCAAGCUCGUCCAGCUGACCUUUGCCCCGCCAGGCGUGCUCAAGGUGCGCGGUGGUGCGCCGGGUGUGCGCGGCUUCGGCGUCUACCCUGGCGCGAUUGUCUGCGUCAAGGGCAAGAACGGCGGUGGUGACGCGUUUGUGGUCGAGGAGGUGCUCAUGCCCGCCGCACUGCAGCCCCUGCAAUCGCUGAAGUCUGAGCUGGUUGAGUUCCAGCAGAGCGACCGGUUGGGCGGCCUGCCCAUCUCCGUUCACGUCGCUGCUGGCCCGUACACGCUCGAAGACAACCUCGACUACGAGCCCCUCGACGCAUUGGUAGACGUGGCGUGCGACGAGAGACCUGAUGUUGUGAUUCUGCUCGGCCCCUUCGUCGACGCGUCCCACCCGCACAUUCUCAACGGCAAGAUCACGUCCUCGCCCACAGAAAUCUUCCGCGAGCAGAUUGCGUCGCGCAUUGCACGCAUCAACGAGGUGUCGCCUGCCACGAUCGUCAUUCUCAUCCCCAGCGUCAAGGACCUCAUCAGCAGGCAUGUGGCGUACCCGCAGGCGAUGCUGGAGCGCGAGGGCUUAGGUCUGAGCAAGGCAGUCAAGCUCCUCCCCAACCCCUGCACCUUCUCGAUCAACGAGAUUUCUAUCGCGCUCGCGUCCACCGACGUGCUGUUCCAUCUCCGCCGAGAGGAGGUGUUCCAGCGCGCCGAGGAAGCCGACCCCGAUCCGAGCGUGCCAGCCGGCGGCAACCCGCAGGGCGACGCGAUCGCCAACGCUGUCCGGCAUGUACUUGGCCAGCGACACUUCUACCCCCUGUUCCCGGCGCCAGAGAACGUUUCGCACGAAGUCAACCUCGACGUGACGCACUGGAACCUGCUGCGGCUGCCCGAGUCGGCGCCAGAUGUGCUCAUCCUGCCCAGCAAGCUGAAGCACUUCUCAAAGGUGAUCGACUCGUCGCUUGUGGUCAACCCCGGACACUUGUCCAAGCCCCACGCCGGCGGCACAUUUGCCAAGCUGACGAUCCACCCUACGCCACCGGAGGUGCUGGGCGACGGCGACGUGGAGAUGGAUGGCGGUGUGGCCGAGCACAGCGUGUGGGAGCGUGCACGGAGCGAGGUGUGGCGUGUGUAG